AUGGCUACAGAACUUCCUCGAGGCCUUGGGGUCCCGAAAAGAGACCCCGAGGCAAUUGACCAAUGCUUGCGGAAGCUGGCUGAGAAGGGCCAGCGUCUCCUUCAAAAUUGUGCUAACCAAUUAAAGAGAAUGAGAGAGCUCAAUGUCCUCAGUGAGGAUGGCUCCGAGCUUCUAAAAAGCAUCCCCACAUACGCGUAUGGAGGUAGUGAAUCGGGGGCGAAAGCGACAAUUGCUUUCGUCGGCGAGACUGGCGAAGGAAAGUCAACGCUCCUCAAUGCACUCCUCGGUUGCGGUGAUAUUGCUCCGACUUCUGGAUCCAGUGCAUGUACCUGUGUUGCUACUGAGUUUAGUAGCCGUACUUCGGAGAUGGAUUCUAAGUUUUACGCGAUAGUCGAAUAUAUUUCGCGUCAAGACUUUGAACAAGAGGUCCAAAUUCUUCGCCAGGAGAUCCAAGACAAGGGUGGAACCAUUGACUAUGACGAUGACGAUAUUGAUACCACGAUGGAAAGCUUGGAUACUAGAUCACAGUACACGACUGACGGAUCUUCACUACAAUCGUACGAUGCAGCAAUUGACAAACUGAAGGCUCUUUUUCCAGGGUUUCAAGAAUGCGAUCUUCCUGGAAUCCCUGAGAAGGUCAGGGCUCUAUACGAAACAGAGCCACUCAGGAGCGGAAAGAGGGUAAUUGAGAGUAACAACGACAGUGAGUUUGUCGAUGAAGUUUCCAAAGUCGUCUCGGCGAAGAAUGGUAGCAGUGGCGACGAGCCUGAGUUAUGGCCAUUAGUCAAAGUUGUCAAAAUCUACCUGGAUUCGGAUGUUCUUCAAACUGGUGCCGUUCUCGUCGAUUUACCUGGAAUACAAGACAGUAAUGCCGCACGGACGGGCGUUGAAAAUGAAUACUUGGAGAAGGCCGAUCGUGUCAUCAUCGUUUCGCGUCUAUCUCGAGCUCUAGACCGUAAACCAACUGCAAAUCUAGCGAAAGCGCAUUUCGAGAGACAGAUUGAAUCAGCUGGAAGAAAAAGGAUCACGUUGGUCUGUACUUGGUGUGAUUCAUUUAAACCGAGUGAUGCCAAAACGGACUUCAAGGAUGUUCCGGGUUUUCUGGAAAAAUUCACCGAACUUUCCAGGGGGACGGAAAAACUUUCUAAUCAUGCUCUAAGAGCCCUUAGCCCUGAAGAGCGAAAUGCCUACAAAAUUGGAGUUGAAGCGGCAAAGAAACAGUUAAAUGAUUUAUGUCGGCGGACUCUUGAUGAAGAAAUGCCCAAGCGGCUAUCACAAAAGUACUGCGAAGUUGUCAAAGAAAAUGUUGAUGUGAAGAGCUUCCUCGUCGCUUCUACAAGUUACCAAGAGUUGGCGGACUUGGGCGCCGGGGACGACGACGAAGCGUAUGAGACACAGAUUCCACAGCUGAAGGAUUACUGUAUGAGGAUUCCGGUGGAGCAGAGAGCAUAUAUAACCGCCUUGUUCAUCAGUUCCGAUGUUGUGCGCGUCUAUAGUGGCCUAGGACUUUUCCUCACCAGCAUUGGCACCUCUUUGAAUCCUGAAACUUUAAACGCGAUCAAAAUCGAGUUGAAAGAAGCAGGCGCCGAUUUAAAGAAGGGCUUGAUCGAAUUAAGAAACAUAGCCAUCCAAGCUACCAGCGAGAAUAUCGAUAGAAUGAUUGAACAAGUCGGUGAAUUUGUCAGGAAAGCCAAAACCGAUUGUGCAAAUGUUGUACAAGAUUUUCGCAAGAAAUAUAAGCGUCCAGUCACAUUUCUGGCCCUUUGUAGACGAAAUGGAACCUGGAAAAUAGGCUCCGAACCGGAAAAGGACCUCAACGACAGGCUUCUUGAUCGUCUUAACGAUAAUAUUUACGACGAAUGGAAGUCCACGGUCCUUAACAUAGAACAUGAGUUGGACAGCUUCAAAAUAGAUUCUGUCAGGCGACUAGGUGGUUUUCAGAUUCAAUGGGAAGAAGUUACUAGGCGUCACCAGUUGAAUCUCAGCAAUUCAGAUUACGAGGCUACGAAGAAGCAUUUUGUGGCGGCCCUCGACUGUCUUUCGCAUCAGGUUUCGAAUAAGUUCCGGGUUGAUGUUAUCAAAAAGGCUAAGAAGAAGGGAAGAGUUCUAUAUGCUGUCAUGUCGUCAGAAACUGUCGAGUCAUCCCUCGAGGGUUGUUACGCUGAGGCCGCCAAGAUACGUGGCAAGAAAGCGUAUGAUCGCAUGGUAUACACUUUCUUGAGUGGGAUUGAGGACAAUGACCCGUUCAAAAAUAUGGGAUAUGAAAUGUGCAGCCACCUGCAGGACUUAAAGAACGAAUUGAAUGAAGCGACCGGAUUUUGGUGUGAACCAUUCGAGAAUAAUUUACAAAAGACGGUUCAAGCGUGGACAAAAAAGUCAAAGGAGUCUGGGCAACUUGAAGUUAAGGAAAAGGCCAAGCUAAGAGGUAUUCUUUCGCAAUUCGAGGAUUAUAAAGAUAGGUUGGUGGAGGAAGCAAAGAGACUGGAACUAGAAGCCCAAACCUAA